AUGACGAAACUAUUUUAAAUGCAUUUUGUCGUGAAUUUUUGUAAGGUUGCUCUACCGAAUACAUUCGGCUAUGCAAGAGGAAGCCUAACAUUACGUAUGAUCAAAUGCCUACACUUCGCCAUGUUGCAUCAAUAAUAUGUUCGCCAUGUUGCAUCAAUAAUAUGUUCGCCUACGUGCCAUCUAAUGGUCUUCAUGUUGUAACUUGUUGAACUAAAAUAAACAAGCCUAUUAAUGUUUGUGAGAACUUGUAAGGCUACAAUGUCCAUUACAGGUCUAAUCUCACUGGUUUUAUACCUACAUAAAUACUAUGUUAAAGUUCUAUUGCAGUAAACAUUUAUUCCGAGUCCAUAUUUUGUAUUUAUGUUUUUAUUGCUACCAAUCAAAAAGUCAGCAUAACCGAUAUAAGCUAGUCAUACUUGUCAUGUGACUCAAGUGGGGAAGUGAUAGAAUAACUUUUGUUUCAGCUUCCUCAGGCUAAUGCAUGUGCAAUUAUAUAUUUCAUACGAAAGGGAUUAAAAAUACUAUGGUAAAAUAGCGGUCGCUUGAUGUUAUAUUUAGUGGAUUAUCUGCCAUCAUAAGAACAUUUUGGUUGAAAAAACCACUGUGUUAUUGAAUGCUGGUAACAAUCGCUGGUAUCAGUAUUGCUUUAUUCCUGCCCACCUUUGCACAGGUUAUGGCCGUUUCCAAACCUCUCCUGAUCCCAUGGUUAAGGGAACAAAUAGACAGUGGAUGCUACCCUGGAGUUAACUGGACCAAUGAGGAGCAAACGGAGUUCUGCAUUCCAUGGAAGCAUGCUUUGAGGCAGGACUCCAACAGUGAAGAUGUUCUCAUUUUCAAGGCAUGGGCCGAGACAAGUCUGGGUAAGCAGUCAGAUGGCAGAGCUCCUGGAGACCCUUCGGUGUGGAAGAGAAACUUCCGGAGUGCCUUGAGAGCGAGGGGUUUCUCUCUGGUGCAAGACAACAAGAAAGAUGUGGCCAACCCUCACAAAAUCUACCGGUGGCCCAGAGAGGGAUCAACGUCAGGUGCCUCCUGUGAAGCCUCCCCUGUGCUGGACAGUCCACCUGAAAUGGGUCCUCUGCCAGUGUAUGAACAUAUCUACUUGGCAGAAGAUUGUCUCAACCAAAAUAAAAAUGGUUCGGAUAUACUGCAGCAGUGUAUGGGCGAACUACAAAUAUACGAGCCACUUCCAGCUCUUCCUUUGGGCGUUGAAGAAAGUGUACUACUGUACACCAUCGCUGGACCCGAGACAGACUGUCCCCUUUUUGAAGAGAGGUCCCAAAUCCAGGAGACCCUCGGUGUGGUCCUGCAGCAGCCUGUUUUUCUACAAGAGGGGGUUCAACAGGGACCUAACAUUGAACAGCCCCAGGUGCAGGAGAUACAGCCAGAGGCGACCGCGCCGGAAAGCACUCCCUUCAAGACCUGCUUUAAGGUGCUGGUUCACUACAGAGGUCAGAAUGUCGUGGAAGAGCUGGUCACAGAUGAGACCGGUUUCAGGUUGGCAUACAGACCAGAAGAUUGCUUGCUGUCGGACCCUGCUCUACGGACAGUUUUCCUCCCCAAUCCAGACUGCAUUCGUGACGAGACCCAAGCCAACCUUACCAGACAGAUCCUGCAGAGUCUGGGUGGGGGACUGGAGCUGAGGGUCGUCGGCUCUGCCUUUCACGGCAGACGCCAUGGUGACUCCAAGGUCUUCUGGAGCGUCGACAAGCACGACCAGAGCAGAGUCCCCAGAGAGCUGACCAAGUAUGAGGCCGAACCCUUAUUUUCCUUCAAAAACUUUUUCCCAGAGUUCGUCAGUUUUAUGAAUAAGGAAUGUAAGUGCCCUCCCAUAUCACUGUUCUUCUGCCUUGGAGAGAGGUGGCCGGACCCAAAGCUCAAGCCUUGGGACAAGAAACUCAUCAUGGUGGAGGUGAUCUUUGAUGCACUGGAAAAACUGAAAAGUAUCGCAUUGGAAGGCGGAGCUUCUUCUCUUCAGUCAUCAGUGGAACUGCAGAUCUCAUUGGAUCAGAUGAUGAUGGACAUGUCUUGAUGAAGGAUACUCUGAUUGGUCAAUGGAAAAUGUCAGUUUAUUUAAUGAACUCUGCAUUUCUUUUGGGGACCCUAUCUGUUCUUUUAACUCCUUACAUUCUGUUUAAAUUAUGUUACAUAUUUGGCAAGCUGCUCUGAAAUGUUGUCUUAUUGAUAUGUACAAACCUAUGAAUGUUUACAUAAUUUUAUUGACAGUCGAUGUACAAUUAUUGUAGGAAAGAUGGAUGAUGUGGUGGCACAUUUGAAUUAGACAAAAAGAGUAUGGGAUUAGAAUUGUGGGUUCUAUCCCCAACUUUCCAUUGUUUCUAUGUUUCUGUGUUUAAAGGUGCAGACAGUUGGGGGGGGGGAUCAAAUGCUUGUAGACCUACAAUAAUGACAAAUAUGUCAAGGAUAAUAAUAAUUUACCAUUGUUCCUGUGUGUUCGGUACAUGUUUAUACUCUGUUUGUUUGAUUAAAUAUAAAAAAAACGGGUUGAUACAGAGAAA